CGUAAUAAAGUUAAUUUAGAAUGUAUACAACUAUAUCCAUGCUAUAAAUUAGCUUGAUAUACUCUCAUCAUUCUCCAUCUCCCGUCGCUCACGUGUUCUUCUUCUCUUUGUUAGGAAUGACAAGCUGUCACUACAUUUCUUGGGUCACCGUCUAUCUGGGACGUACCUAUUAGCUCUAGAAUACAUAUGCAUCCGAUUAAACGAAAAUAUCCGGUCAGCAUUACACCGGUUAGCUUCCUAUCCUUAGUAGCUUACCAUCAUUUAUGAACGAAGGAAACACAAAGAAAGAAUACAUUGGAACCAGCUUAGAUCUCGAGAAAAUCGAUAAGUACAUUUACCGGUCCAAGCAACCACUCUGGCAACCAGUUAGCUCUUCUAUCGGUGUAUUUGGCGGACAGGUUAUUAGUCAAGCUAUACAGGCAGCAACAACGGUCAGCGAAGAGAAAAAUGGCGAUAAAUACAGCUUACACUCAUUUCAUUGCUACUUCCUACUAGCAGGGCAAGCUAGUAUGCCUGUUAUAUACCACGUGCAUCCACUUAGAUUAGGGAGAAGUUAUCAAACGUACCAUGUUAGAGCUACACAAGAUGGUAAUAACAUAUUCACUUUAACAGCUUCUUUCGCUCUUCCCGAGCCAACCCAGCCACACUUCUCAAUAGCCCCACCCGUGGACGUACCUCCACCGAAUGAAUGCGAAUUGAAUGAGGAUAGGUGGCAGAGAUUUUUGGAUACAUACCAAGCCAAGCUUGAUAAGAACUUAGUGGAAGUUAUUCGAGCUAGAAUUGAGGAGCGCCGGACAUCAGCAUUAGCACUCAAAGAUGCGUCUAAAAGGAGCAAAUUUGAUGAAAAGGGUCACUUUAUUACUUCAAAUCAACAUAGCUGGUGGAUCAAGGCUCGGACAUCUCCAGGUGACAAACCAUCUACCCAGAAAGCUAUCCUUGCUUACAUGUCUGAUCUAAAUUUCAUUCAUACAGUUUCACAUUCAUUAGGUUUAAGACAAUACUUCAAUUUAGGGAUGUUAUCUUCGAUUGACCAUUCUAUGUGGUUUUACGAUGACUUCGACACCAGUGAAUGGCUUUUAUACAAAACCUUCUGUCCAAGAGCAAGACACGGAAGAGGGAAUGUUAACGGAGAGUUCUGGACCCAGGAUGGCAGAUUGGUUGCUUUAACAGCCCAACAAGGUCUCGUACGCGAGAAAAGACCAGAAGCGCGCCUGUGAUUUUUGUAUUUCGAUAGACUUAACAUUAUUCAUGAAUAAAUAUGCAAAAUGUAUGUGAAUAUGUAGACCGUGAAAAAUAAUUAAUUUAUCAUUAUGCUCUAAUUGAUGCUAAAUUGUAGCCGUUUCUACUUUCUCGGCUUUUUUUCAUAAACAUUGAAUUCUUCUUAGCUUCUUGCUUUCUCUUAUUAUAACCCUCUUGUAUAGCCUGCUUCUGUUGUUCAGCGGACUUAUUAUUAUUCUGCAUUACGUUUGGUCCUCCUGGCAGAUUGGAUGAGACAUUCGAUGAAGAAAUGUCCAUGGAGUUUGACUCGAUUGAAGGAGCAUUAAGUGGUUGUGUUGAUGGCGUUCUUCCUAUACCUGGUAUAUCACUUACGAUUUCUUCAACUACAUCAUUUUCUACAACUUUAGUAGUAACUCCAUUACGACCAUCUUCAGCAGCUUUCAUUUUCUUCGCCAGACUAGCUCCACUUUCCGGCUCGGCUUUACGCUUGACAGGUGAGUUUCCAGUCGGUACAAGGUUGUCCGGUAUUGGAGGUUGCUCUCUUUCUUUGGUUUUGUUCUUCUUCUUAUUCUGUGCAUCUUUCUCUUGACUCGUUGGAUGCUUUAGUUUCGUAGCGACGAAAUUAGAUGGCUGACUGAAGUGAUUU